CUGUCUGGGAAGUCGGAAGCGGCGCGAUGUUGUGGCUGGGGAAAGCAGCCGUUUUGCUCCGGACGCUCUCCGCCGAGCGCCUACCUCUCCUGGGGCUCGGGGCACACGGCGGCUUCCCCAGAAGAGCCGCGUCCAGAGGGAGGCAAAAGGAGGUCCUUUUACGCGUCCACGGAGAGGUGGAUUGCGGUAUUGCAGAAAUUCAGUUGAACAGACCACAUGCCAGAAAUUCACUGGGGAAAGUGCUUGUGGAUGAACUGUAUGAAACCCUUGAUGUUCUCCGUUUUGAUGAAAGUGUCCGAGUGGUGAUAGUUAAGAGCAAUGUAGAAGGCGUGUUUUGUGCCGGUGCGGACUUGAAAGAGCGUGCCCAGAUGAACGAUACUGAAGUCGACCACUUUGUUCAGCGGCUCCGGAGCUUAAUGGAUGGCAUCGCUGCACUACCAAUGCCCACUAUUGCUGCAAUUGAAGGUUAUGCAUUGGGUGGGGGCUUAGAACUGGCCCUGGCUUGUGACCUCCGAGUGGUAGCAGCAUCAGCUAAAAUGGGCCUGAUUGAAACAACCAGAGGACUCUUCCCUGGUGCAGGUGGAACCCAACGUCUACCACGCUGUAUUGGAAUCGGCCUAGCUAAAGAACUGAUUUUCACUGGCAGACAGAUUGAUGGACAUGAGGCAUUCUCAAUAGGCCUCGUUAAUCACACAGUGCCACAGAAUGAGGAAGGGGAUGCAGCACAUCAAAGAGCGCUGGCUUUGGCUGAAGAGAUUGUGCCUCGGGCCCCGAUAGCUGUGAAAAUGGGUAAAGUGGCUAUAAACAGAGGGAUUGAGGUGGAUAUUGCUUCCGGAAUGGCUAUUGAAAGAAUAUGUUAUGCUCAGAAUAUCCCUACCAGGGAUCGGCAGGAAGGGAUGGCUGCUUUCAUAGAGAAACGACCACCCAAGUUCAUUGGGAAGUGACCCUGUGCCUAAAGACAACUCCGAGGAAGUGACCAGAAGACUGUGCCUUAGAAUGUUUUUCUACAUAAAUUUUAUACUGACACAGUGGAUGAAUUUCACUUGUGUAUUGCCUUUGAAGCAUGAGUUGAACAAUAAAACUGUAGAAGUAUGAUAUGACACAGCCCAAGAAGGUCAGAUUGGUACACCUUGAGAAAGCAAGUCCCCUUUCUCUGUAACCAACCUCUCUCCUAUUUGACUACAAAUGAGGAAACUAAGGAAAGUAUUUUGCUUCCCCAUUCUUUAAACAUCACAGUUAUAUACACACUAUUUGUUAACUUGCCCUUUGUUUAGGGACCCAAGAGAGAGACUCCUGAAACUGCUGCUGACAUAUGGAGGCAUGAAUGCCCAAGCAGAAACAGUUCUCUUCCUCCUUAGCGAUACCAACAGUUAUGUCACUCAUAAAGUGGCCCUGUUUGCACUGGCAGCGAAAAAGAUUAGGAAGAGAGAACUAGAUAAAAUUGCUAUAAACUGCCACGGAGACUCAAAGUGCUGAGCGAAAUGAGAGCUUUAGUCACAGUCAAUUUAAGCUUGUCUGUAUGGCUCUCUUGGUUAUUUUAAACUGUUGUGUACUUUUAUAGUUGUAUGCUUUUCUAUGGAUGUAUUUGUCAUGGCCUUCGGCUAGCACAAUAAACUGGUGAUUGAUUGACAGUUAUACUGUCAUAA